AGUAGUGUUACUUCCGGGCGGCAGCGUGUUGAAAAAACAUUGUAAGGACAGGAUUUUUUUUUAAAUCAAGAAACCCGCUUAUAAACAUCCCCCCCCCAGUUAGCCGUCGAUAUGGUAAAAUUAUCGGCAGAGCUAAUUGAGCAGGCUGCUCAGUACACAAACCCGGUGCGCGACAGGGAGCUGGAUCUGCGAGGUUACAAAAUUCCUGUACUUGAAAACCUUGGGGCUACACUUGACCAGUUUGAUACCAUCGAUUUCUCUGACAAUGAAAUCAGAAAACUGGACGGCUUCCCUUUACUCAAGAGGCUCAAAACGUUGCUCAUGAACAACAACAGAAUAUGUCGUGUUGGUGAAAACCUUGAACAGGCACUGCCGAGUAUGAGGGAGCUGAUCCUCACAAGCAACAACAUCCAGGAAUUGGGUGAUUUGGAUCCGCUAGCCUCAGUGAAGACAUUGACCCUUCUCAGCCUCCUAAGGAAUCCAGUGACCAACAAGAAGCACUACAGGCUCUAUGUCAUCAACAAAAUUCCCCAGAUUCACGUGCUUGACUUUCAGAAGGUCAAGUUAAAGGAGCGUCAGGAGGCGGAGAAAAUGUUCAAGGGCAAACGAGGUGCUCAGCUUGCAAAGGAUAUUGCCAAGCGGACCAAAACGUUCACCCCCGGAGCUGCCGUGCAGCAGCCUGAGAAGAAGAAGAUGGGACCGUCUCCUGCUGACGUGGAAGCGAUCAAGAAUGCAAUAGCUAACGCCUCGUCUCUGGCCGAGGUGGAGAGGUUGAAGGGGAUGCUGCAGGCUGGUCAGAUCCCCGGACGGGAGGUCAGACAAGUCCCCCCGGAAAUGGUGGAGGUGGAAGAGGAGGAGAACGGGGUUGUGCAUAUGGAACGAGAGAUACAGACAGAGGAAGGAAAUGGAGUGGAGGAGAUGGAAGAGGAUGUAGUGGAGGUACAGGGAAAGGUGGAGGAGGUACAGGGAAAGGUGGAGGAGGUAGAUGUCAAGGAGGUGGAGGAGGUAGAUGUCAAGGAGGUGGAGGAGGUAGAAAAGGAAGAAGUGGAGGAGGAAGAAGGGAGGGAGGAGGGUGAAGAACAAGAGUCUGAGGAAGAUGAGUCUGAGGACGAUGAUAUGGAUGAAGACUCACCGGUUAACGGAUCAUGAUCGUUUUAUGCGGAUCUCAUGUCUCAAGUCUUGCUUGAUUUGUAGGUUUAUAUUUGUUGAACAUGCAUGUAAUGCCAUUUUUGUUAUUUUGAGAAAUGAAAAUACAAUAAACAUUUUUUUACAAAACGA